AUGGAAGAGGAGGAGAAGUCAAUGUCUUUCGAGGAGGGUGGGUAUGGGUAUAACUCUGAAGAGUUGAACACGCCUCCUUCAAGUGGUGAUGAGGAGGAUGGAAAUGUUGUCAAUCCAAAGUUUAAUGUGCAUGAGGAGUUUGGUCAUGUACACUUAGAGCUGGGGAUGGAGUUUGUGAGUCUUCAAGAAUUUAAAAAUGUUGUCAAAGACUAUAGUAUUGAUCUAGGAAGACAAUUCAAGUGGCUGAAGAAUGACAAAGUCAAAGCCCGAGCAAAGUGUAGUAAUGAUGAAUGUGAUCGGAUGAUUUACUGUGCGUGGAACAACAAGAUGGCAGCUUUCCAAGUCAAAACUUUUAAUGACAUCCACACUUGCUGCAGACUUUUUAGAAGCAAGAGGGCUAGUAGGGAUUGGGUUGCAAAGAAAUUAGAAAAAAGGCUAAUGACACAGCCGAACAUGACAAGGGUUGAGGCCUACGACCACAUGAAAGAGGAGUACAAAGUUCAUGUCCAUUUGAAGAAAGUGACAAAGGAACUUCAUAAAGCCAAGGCCAAAAUAGAAGGGGGUGAAAAAGAACAGUAUGCAAAAUUGAGAGACUACUUAGAGAGGGUUCAAAGCUGGCUGCAGGCCCUUAAUUGGUUUGGAUGGAUGUUUCUUGAAAGGAUAUUAUGGAGGUCAUUGUUAAGUGUAGUUGGGGAGGAUGCCAACAAAAGCUUCUAUGUCAUCGCAUAUGCAGUUGUUGAUAGUGAAACAAAAGAGAACUGGAAGUGGUUUUUAACCCUUUUACAGGAAGACAUUGGCCCUCACGCAGUGUUUGGGUGGAAUUUUAUUUCUGACCAACAGAAGAGGCAGAUAACAGCACUACAAGAGGUGAUGCCUGGUGCAUAUCAUCGUUUUUGUGUGCAGCAUGUUUGGAAGAACUUCAUAAAGCAGUGGAAAGACAAGGCAAUUCGAGCCAUGGUCUGGGAGUGUUCAAGAUGCACCACUGUCCCACAGUUCCAGCAGUCAAUGGCACGGUUGAAAGGGAAGAAUGAGGCUGCAUGGAAGUACUUGGAUAACAUUCAGCCCUCAAGUUGGGUGAAAGCUUAUUUCAGCCACUGGCCGAAAUGUGAUAAUAUCACAAACAACAUGGCAGAGAGGGUGUUAGGAACUGUUCGGGGUAAAAUUGCUCCUGCUCAGCAAAAGAAACUGGAUCAGUUAAAGGUACUUAGCAAUUCAUGGACACCAACUUGGACUGGAAAUUUGCAGCAAGAUAUGUAUGAGGUCAGUGGGAGAGGUGAUAGAGUUGGAGUGAAUUUAACAACACAUACAUGUGCAUACAAUGCAUGGCAGUUGACUGGACUGCCUUGUGAGCAUGCUAUAGCAGCCAUUUGUCACAAAAACAAACCAGUCGAGAACUGUGUCCAUCAAUGGCUUACAGUGGAUGCAUUGCAUGCCACAUAUGCGCACACCUUAAACACAGUGAAUUCAGACAAGUAUUGGCCUGCAUCAGAUGAACCCAAACCUCUUCCACCAAAACUUAAAAGGCCAAUUGGGCGUCCCAAGAAACACAGGAAGAAGGACCCAACUGAAGACCAAGGGAGCAUGACAAAGAAAGUUAAAAGGACAUAUGCAGCCAAGUGUACUAAAUGUGGUCAGACUGGACACUAUGCCAAGAGUUGUAAGGGGCCACCAGCUUCCAAAACAGAUAAAAGCCAAGCAAGACCACAAUCUGUGAGGAUUGGCUCUGACUCAGUAGAUGAAAUCCCAUUAAGUCAAGGAGGCCCUUCAGCAGUUGGUAGUUCUCAGCCCCAUUAA